CAUACAGUGGAGAGGGUGUCUUACAAAUAGAGGGAGGGAAAAGGGGAAAAAGUGGCCGACAAUUAGAAAAUCACACAGUUAAACGGACAACCAUUAAAGUAAGCACGGCGGCGGGAAUAAGAGUCAAGCGUCAGCAACAUGCCGCGAAGAAGAGGUGUUGUCAAAAGCCGCCCUCCCAGGCUCACAUAUGGAGAGAAGCAACCAGCUAUUCGCAGCCAAAAUUCCGUGUUUGACAUGACAAGUGGACCAUCUGCAGCUUCCUUCUUGGACGCCUUGACCUUUCGAUUCAUGGGUUUACAUUUUUUCAGAAGCUUUGACUCCACCCUGGACAGUGACAUGAAUUCUGACAGUGAUGAUGAUUAUGAUGAGGAUGAAGAGGAGCGGUUACAUCUACACAGUGUUGGCCGACAUCCUUUAGAGCCCCAUCCUCGAAUACGACAACUCACUGAUGAGGAAGCGGAGAAACAUGCAAAACAAGCAGCUGAAGAGCAGCAGCAACACCAGAGUAAAACCGAAAGGAACAAACGAAAGAAACUGCGCAAAAAGGAGAAGAAACGCUUGGAAAAGGAGAGCAGGAAUAUUUCAGCUGAGGCGGAUGGAGAUGAACCUCAGGAGGCCAUGCAUCUAAUUGGCGCACAAGCUCAAGAAUCUCUUCCCAAGGCCAAGAAGGAAAACAAAGUGACCUUGACGAACGACGGCAGCGAUGAACAGGAGGAAGAAGCUACUGAGAUGGCUGCUGAUGAAGAAGCCCAGCAGGAGGAAGAGGGAGUCAAUCUGGAUAUUUCAGGUGAAGUAGUUUCAGAUGAAAAUUCAUCAAAGUCAACGGAGACACCUGACGCUCCAAUGGAGACUCCUCAUUCUCCAAAGAAGGAAGACAAAGAGCUGAAAAGAACCGAUCCCAUUGCAGACGACUACAUCCAGAAAAGUGCAAAGCUUGCAGAGUUUGGCAUUCACUGGGCGGCCGCCGGACGCCACGCCAUGGCGGUCCGAUGCUUCACGGAGGCCAUCAAGCUGAACCCCAAGGAGCGAAAGUUGUUUGGAAAUCGUUCCUUCUGCUACGAGAAGAUGCAUCAGUAUGACAAGGCUCUGAGUGACGCCGAAGUCGCUCUCCUCAUGGAACCAAAGUGGAUCAAAGGUCUGUUUCGGAAGGCCAAAGCUCUCUGUGGACUCAAGAGGUACAACCAAGCCUCGCUCGUCUACGCUGAGGUGUUGAACCUGGACGGGUCUUGUCGCGAGGCCAUGCAGGAGCUGAACCAGAUGCAGAUUUCGCAACUCAUGGAAAUGGGCUUCACCCAGGAGGAGAGCAUGGAGGCCUUACAAAGCCACAGCACCUUAGAGGCUGCCGUUGACGCCCUGUUCAACGGGGCCAGUCACCCUCCUCCAGGAGAGGCGACAGAGGAAGGAGAAUGGAUAGUCCAACAAGCAAGCAAGCCCAGAACGCAGCACGCCAAAGAGUUGGGGAAUAAAUGGAAAACUCAGCCUCUGACAAAGAAGUCCGUAAAAUGGGAGGUUUUCCAGAUUUGGGUGGGCUGUCUGUCACCGACGGUCACCUACGCCAUGCUCUACGAGCUCUUUAACAGCGUGGGGGCAGUGUACAAGGUGAAGAUGCUGCUGGAUCAACAGAGCGCCUUUGUGAACUACGCCAGGGAAGAGGACUGUGUCGAAGCCAUACAGAGAUUUCAUGGGAUGAAGCUGCACGGGUCUACUCUGGUGGUGCGAUUCCCGAUGAAGACCAACACUGAACCAAGAAUGUCCACGCUCGAGCUCAGUGACCCAGCUCCUCACUGCAGCCGUUCAAAGAGGGAGUGUUUUUUCUGGAGGACCACAGGAUGCGAGCGGCAGGACUGCACCUUCAGACACGUCCCCGAACAUGAGAGCAUCGACAAGGACAGAGUCACCAGUGGAUUUGGAACGACACACAUGCAGACAUGAGUCAUCAGCGCCGUGGUGAUGUCACUGGGUUCUGGACUUGAGUACCCUAGUACUAGUGUCUGAACUGGAUUUUGUGCAUAUUGCAUGAAUGCUAUUGAUGUCAAGAGGUUCUUUGCACACAGAAUAUGUGGGAUUAGCAAUCUAAUCCUCCAGUAAUGUUGAAUUUUAUGAGAGCACCUUAUGUUCGUUAAUUGUCUGAGUUUGCUACUGUAGUUGACUUAAUGUGCUGUAGAUGAUCAGUUUGCCACUGGGGGGCAGCAGCCCAUGUCGUUUCACUGUCCCUGUUCCUUUUCGGAGAGAGAAGCAUUUUCAGGGGGGGAGUAAAGGUCAGGUUUUAUGUUUUAAGUGUGAAUGUUGCCUUCUUGAAUGUUUGUUUUUUUUUUAUCCGGAAAAGCAUCACAAUGCAGAAAGCAUCAAACUGCGGGCUCAGUUGUGAAUUUUUCUGACCUACUCUGUAUUUUCUGUUUGUUUAUGAAAGAACUGGCCCAUUGUUGGCUCAUAUUUGAUCAGCAAGUCAAAGAGUAAAAUGCCCCCCCACUAUCACUCUUAUGCAUGUGAAAUGAACACGGUAAUUGUCACAUUGAGAUAUUGACCUUCCUUUCUAAUACAGUCUCUCGUUGGACGCGUCGGAAUAGCGCAAACCCAAUUAGGGAACUGAUUGCUUUGCUUUCAUUUUGCUCGUCAUCAGCAUCACGGUCAAAAGGGCAAGAUGAAUGAGAAAGUCUGCUCUUUUGUUCUCACUGUCACUGCUGCUCGCGGAGCGUCCGUCGCUGAGAAAUGGAUAAGAGAUUGUCUCUGGCAAUCAGCUGUCGCCUUUGGAUGAGGACCACCUGCGGAUUAAAAAGACCCCUCUGCCAUACAGUACAAUGCAUAUGCAUGAUGGCUCUUUCCAAGGACAAUGUGGGGUUGCUUGGUCUUUGUGUCCAAAGCAAACUGGUAGAAACUGUCAGUGUUACACUUCAUGAGUCCAAAGCCUUGUUUCCACCAAGUAAUUCAGUGAGUAUGCAUUUUUCAGUGUUUCCAUUAUGAAGCGUCAACCCAAACCCCCCCGGGGGGUCCAUUGGUCACAGCCAUAUGCUUCAGUUCGCUUGUGUAUAGUCGUCAUACUUCAGCAGAAGAUGAUGGAGGGAUAAUUUUACGCCAAGUGGCUUGUUUACAGCGUCACAUUGUGUCCUAUGAGAAGAUUGGAAUGAUCCUCUGUUUGGAGCCUGUGGAUGAAACCGAUGAUCCCAUUAAAGCAGGGGUCUCAAACAUGCGGCCCGCGGGCCAAAUGUGCCCCACAGGACACUAAUUUGAGGCCCUCGCCUUGAUAUGAAAGUUUAAUGUUAGUGCAGCCCACGCAAGUUUGAUAUGGAUGCUGUAUGGUAUCAUGUACCCAGAAAAAAUUAUUACAUUUGAUUAAUGUUCAUGUUAAAGGUUAAAUAACUGUUAAUAGUUAUCCUCCCUAUCUGUGUGGAAGUGGUAAGUUUUUGGCUAUUUAAGUUGAAAGGAAAUAACUUGAAGGCUACCAUUUAGGUCGCUAGCUCUCUA